AAAGGACCUACCUGAGCGCUGCUGCUGGAAAUGAUGUCGGGCUCAGACGUUCAAGCCGGGUGUUUCCCAGUCGCUCGCCUUCGGCCAUUUUGGCGGAGGCGUUCAUCAGCCCAGUCCCAGUCGCGCGUCCAGGAGGCUCCCCGCAUCGCCGAGAUACCCACGGCGCCGACUGUUGAUGCCGCCGAGGUGGUUCGUGAUGGAGAGCUGCCACCUUACGCUCAUUUUGCCAAUGCUGGCCUCUACUACGAGCCCGGCGCCCACAAGACGGAUGUACACUCGGAGAAGCCUCCCGCAUAUGCUGCUCAUGCAUUGGGAGACCUCUUCCGUGCGGACGUCAUGAAGACUAUCGAGGACAAGAUCGACGAGCUCGACCCCGAGCUGCGCGAGCUUAGCCUCGACAUCCUGCAUCACCCGGAGCUUGGGUGGGAGGAGAGACGCACCCAUGACAAACUCACGAAGUUCAUGUCCACGCAUGGCUUCGACGUCAUUCCGCACUAUCUCGGCCUCGAGACUGCCUGGAGUGCGGUGUACACGUACAAGUCCACUUCCGCAAAGGCUUUGAAGGAGAAACCGCGCGUGAUCGGCGUGAACUCGGAGAUGGACGCGCUCCCAGGUAUUGGACACGCAUGCGGCCACAACCUGAUUGCCAUUGCUGGCGUCGGCGUCGCGCUGGCGAUUAAGGCUGCUCUUGAGAAGCACGAUGUGUCGGGAAAGGUUAUCUUGCUUGGUACUCCGGCUGAGGAGGGUGGAGGAGGCAAGAUCUCUCUCCUCAAGCGUGGCGCAUACAAGGAGAUGGAUGCGUGCAUUAUGUGCCAUCCUUCAGCUACUCCCGUCGAUCAUGCCUACCUCGGCCCAUCACUGGCAUCCCAGCCGAUCGAUGUCGAAUUCUUCGGUCAUGGAGCUCACGCUGCGUGGGCACCAUGGGAGGCGCAGAAUGCACUCGACGCCGCCUUCCUCGCAUACUCGAGUAUCUCCGUGCUGAGGCAACAAAUAAAGCCUACUCAUCGCGUGCAUGGAAUCGUGAGUGGAAAGGACUGGGCUCCUAACAUCAUUCCGGACUACUCCAAGAUGCGCUGGAUUGUACGCGCACCGACAUGGAGCGAGGUCGAAAUCCUUCGAGACCGUGUAAAAGCCUGCUUCGAGGCUGCUGCACAUGCCACAGGUUGCAAGUUGACUAUCACUGAAGGUGUCGGAUAUAAGGAUCUCAGACAAAAUAACAUCCUUGGGCACCAAUAUGCCAACGUUGUGGCACGCUAUGGCGUAACAACCGUGUUUGAAGAGGGCAUGGCUGCAUCGACCGAUUUUGGCGAUGUCACGUACGCUCUCCCUGCUUUGCACCCCGGAUAUUCCAUUCCGACGGUGCCUAACGGUGCGAAUCACACGCCGCAGUUCACGGAGGCCGCGGGCAAGGCAGAGGCGCACAAAUCCACGCUGAUCACCAUCAAGGGCUUGGCGAUGGCGGGCUUCAGGUUGCUCGAUGAUAGUGCGUUUGCUGGCGAGGUCAGAAAGGCUUGGGAGGAGCAGAUGAAAGAAUGAGGGA